ACACUCCAUGAACACUACCAGCUCAACAAAGCACCAAAAACAAGCAAGAACGAAAGAAAAAAAAACUAAGUCCAGGAAAGAUGAGUUCAAGCUGGACAUUGGAGGUGGAGACCAAAGCUUCAGCAGCUGCUAUUUACAAGGCUGCUUUUCUUGACUGGCAUAAUCUCGGUCCUAAGCUCCUCCCUGAACUUAUCACUGGUGUUACUUUAAUUUCUGGAGGUGGAACGCCUGGGAGCAUCAGGCAGAUCAACUUCACCCCAGCGGUGCCUUUUGGCUUUGUGAAGGAGCGUCUUGAUUUAAUCGAUCGUGAGAAGCUUGAACUGAAGAUUUCUAUUGUGGAGGGUGGAGAUCUGGGCGUUAAGAUCGAGUCUGCAUCUACACACAUUAAAGUCGAGCCAAAAGGAAAUGGCUCCAUUGUCAAGGUGACUGGAACAUAUAAGGCCAUUGCUGGGGUUGAUAUUUCUGAGGAUACCAAGAAGGCCCAGGAAGCUUUCAUCAAGAGCAUCAAGGCAGUGGAAGAACACCUUAUAGCCAACCCUGGAGCCUAUGCUUAAAAACCCAAAAUUUACUUGAAUGAGAGUGUGUUUGGCAUUGUUGUGGUAAUAAGAAGGGUUGGUUUGUGUGUUAAGGAGAGUUGCUAUGAGAGUGCUUUUGUAUUGAAUAAGUCUAUGUUGUGGUUUAAUAUAAAUAAAGUGAAGCUUGCUACAAACAAAUAAGAAC